UGGAGGAGGAAAAGGUUCAGGAUCUGGAGGAGGAAUCUCAGGUGGUGGAGGCUCCAUCUGUGGAGGAGGAGGAAGCUCUGGCAGUGGAGGCUCCAUGUCCAAGGGCAGCAGCAGCAGCUCUGGAAGGUGGGGGUCCAGCUCCGGUGGUGGUGGUUCCAUUUCUGGAGGAGGAAAAGGCUCAGGAUCUGGAGGAGGAGGAAGCUCUGGCAGUGGAGGCUCCAUCUGUGGAGGAGGAGGAAGCUCUGGCAGUGGAGGCUCCAUGUCCAAGGGCAGCAGCAGCUCUGGAGGGUGGGGGUCCAGCUCUGGUGGUGGUGGUUCCAUUUCUGGAGGAGGAAAAGGCUCAGGAUCUGGAGGAGGAAUCUCAGGUGGUGGAGGCUCCAUCUGUGGAGGAGGAGGAAGCUCUGGCAGUGGAGGCUCCAUCUGUGGAGGACAAGGAAGUUCAGGCAGUGGAGGUUCCAUGUCUGGAGGUGGCCAGACUGCUGGAGGAUGGGGGUCCAGCUCUGGGAGGUGCAGCCCCCACAGUGGGGGGAUGAGCUCUGGAGGUGGGAGCAGCUGUGGCAGGAGAGGCUCCAUGUCUGGAGGUGGUGGACAGGGAAGUUCAGGCAGUGGAGGCUCCAUGUCUGGAGGUGGCCAGACCGCUGGAGGAUGGGGGUCCAGCUCUGGGAGGUGCAGCCCCCACAGUGGGGGGAUGAGCUCUGGAGGUGGGAGCAGCUGUGGCAGGAGAGGCUCCAUGUCUGGAGGUGGAGGACAAGGAAGCUCUGGCAGUGGAGGCUCCAUGUCUGGAGGUGGCCAGACCGCUGGAGGAUGGGGGUCCAGCUCUGGGAGGUGCAGCCCCCACAGUGGGGGGAUGAGCUCUGGAGGUGGGAGCAGCUGUGGCAGGAGAGGCUCCAUGUCUGGAGGUGGUGGACAGGGAAGUUCAGGCAGUGGAGGCUCCAUGUCUGGAGGUGGCCAGACCGCUGGAGGAUGGGGGUCCAGCUCUGGGAGGUGCAGCCCCCACAGUGGGGGGAUGAGCUCUGGAGGUGGGAGCAGCUGUGGCAGGAGAGGCUCCAUGUCUGGAGGUGGAGGACAAGGAAGCUCUGGCAGUGGAGGUUCCAUGUCUGGAGGUGGCCAGACCGCUGGAGGAUGGGGGUCCAGCUCUGGGAGGUGCAGCCCCCACAGUGGGGGGAUGAGCUCUGGAGGUGGGAGCAGCUGUGGCAGGAGAGGCUCCAUGUCUGGAGGUGGAGGACAAGGAAGCUCUGGCAGUGGAGGCUCCAUGUCUGGAGGUGGCCAGAGCUCCGGUGGUUACGGAUCAGGCUCUGGCAGUGGCCGAUGCAGCCCCCAUAGUGGGGGGAUGAGCUCUGGAGGUGGGAGCAGCGGUGGCAGGAGAGGCUCCAUGUCUGGAGGUGGUGGACAAGGAAGUUCAGGCAGUGCAAGCUCCAUGUCUGGAGGUGGUCCCAGCUCUGGUGGAUAUGGAUCAGGCUCUGGCGGUUGCAGCCCCCACAGUGGGGGGAUGAGCUCUGGAAGUUGGAGCAGUUCUGGCAGGAGAGGCUCCAUCUCUGGAGGUGGAGGAAGCUCAGGUCAUGGAGGAUGCAGUUAUGGCAGUGGUGGGUCCAUCUGUGGGGGAGAAGGAGGCUCAGGGUAUGGAGGAGGAAGCUCUGGCAGGAGAGACUCCAUGUCUGGAGGCGGUCACAGCUCUGGAGGGAGCAUCUCUGGAGGAGGAAUCAGCUCAGGGUAUGGAGGAAGCUCAGGUAGUGGAGGAUUGAGCUCUGGUGGGUGCAUUAGUGGUGGAGAAGGAGGUUCAGGGUAUGGAGGAAGCUCGGGUAGGAGAGGCUCCAUGUCUGGAGGUGGUCCCAGCUCUGGUGGAUAUGGAUCAGGCUCUGGCAGGUGCAGCCCCCACAGUGGGGGGAUGAGCUCUGGCAGCUGGAGUGGCUCGGGCAGGAGAGGCUCCAUGUCUGGAGAAGGAGGAAGCUCUGGUCAUGGAGGAUCCAGUUAUGGCAGCAGUGGGUGCAUUGGUGGAGGAGAAGGAGGUUCAGGGUACGGAGGGAGCUCAGGAUAUGGAGGUGGCUCUGGCCGGAGAGGCUCCAUGUCUGGUGGUGGUCACAGUUCUGGAGGGCUGGGAUCGGGCUCUGGCAGUGGUGGGAGCAGUUCUGGAGGAGGAAUCAGCUCGGGGUAUGGAGGAAGCUCAGGCAGUGGAGGAUUGAGCUCUGGUGGGUGCAUUAGUGGUGGAGAAGGGGGUUCAGGGUAUGGAGGAAGCUCGGGCAGGAGAGGCUCCAUGUCUGGAGGUGGUCCCAGCUCUGGUGGAUAUGGAUCAGGCUCUGGCAGUUGCAGCCCCCACAGUGGGGGGAUGAGCUCUGGAGGUUGGAGCAGUUCUGGCAGGAGAGGCUCCAUCUCUGGAGGUGGAGGAAGCUCAGGUCAUGGAGGAUGCAGUUAUGGCAGUGGUGGGUCCAUCUGUGGGGGAGAAGGAGGCUCAGGGUACGGAGGAGGAAGCUCUGGCAGGAGAGGCUCCAUGUCUGGUGGUGGGGAAGGAGGAGGAAGUUCAGGCAGUGGUGGAUCCAGUUAUGGCAGUGGCGGCUGGAUUGGUGGAGGAGAAGGGGGCUCAGGGUACGGAGGAGGGUCAGGGUAUGGAGGAAGCUCGGGUAGGAGAGGCUCCAUGUCUGGAGGUGGUCCCAGCUCUGGUGGAUAUGGAUCAGGCUCUGGCAGGUGCAGCCCCCACAGUGGGGAGAUGAGCUCUGGCAGCUGGAGUGGCUCGGGCAGGAGAGGCUCCAUGUCUGGAGAAGGAGGAAGCUCUGGUCAUGGAGGAUCCAGUUAUGGCAGCAGUGGGUGCAUUGGUGGAGGAGAAGGAGGUUCAGGGUACGGAGGGAGCUCAGGAUAUGGAGGUGGCUCUGGCAGGAGAAGCUCCAUGUCUGGAGGUGGUCCCAGCUCUGGUGGAUAUGGAUCAGGCUCUAGCAGUUGCAGCCCCCACAGUGGGGGGAUGAGCUCUGGAGGUUGGAGCAGUUCUGGCAGGAGAGGCUCCAUCUCUGGAGGUGGAGGAAGCUCAGGUCAUGGAGGAUGCAGUUAUGGCAGUGGUGGGUCCAUCUGUGUGGGAGAAGGAGGCUCAGGGUAUGGAGGAGGAAGCUCUGGCAGGAGAGGCUCCAUGUCUGGUGGUGGUCACAGUUCUGGAGGGCUGGGAUCAGGCUCUGGCAGUGGUGGGAGCAGUUCUGGAGGAGGAAUCAGCUCUGGGUAUGGAGGAAGCUCAGGCAGUGGGGGAUCGAGCUCUGGGUGUAUUGGUGGUGGAGAAGGGGGCUCAGGGUACGGAGGAGGGUCAGGGUAUGGAGGAAGCUCGGGUAGGAGAGGCUCCAUGUCUGGAGGUGGUCCCAGCUCUGGUGGAUAUGGAUCAGGCUCUGGCAGGUGCAGCCCCCACAGUGGGGGGAUGAGCUCUGGCAGCUGGAGUGGCUCGGGCAGGAGAGGCUCCAUGUCUGGAGAAGGAGGAAGCUCUGGUCAUGGAGGAUCCAGUUAUGGCAGCAGUGGGUGCAUUGGUGGAGGAGAAGGAGGUUCAGGGUAUGGAGGGAGCUCAGGAUAUGGAGGUGGCUCUGGCCGGAGAGGCUCCAUGUCUGGUGGUGGUCACAGUUCUGGAGGGCUGGGAUCGGGCUCUGGCAGUGGUGGGAGCAGUUCUGGAGGAGGAAUCAGCUCGGGGUAUGGAGGAAGCUCAGGCAGUGGAGGAUUGAGCUCUGGUGGGUGCAUUAGUGGUGGAGAAGGGGGUUCAGGGUAUGGAGGAAGCUCGGGCAGGAGAGGCUCCAUGUCUGGAGGUGGUCCCAGCUCUGGUGGAUAUGGAUCAGGCUCUGGCAGUUGCAGCCCCCACAGUGGGGGGAUGAGCUCUGGAGGUUGGAGCAGUUCUGGCCGGAGAGGCUCCAUCUCUGGAGGUGGAGGAAGCUCAGGUCAUGGAGGAUGCAGUUAUGGCAGCAGUGGGUGCAUUGGUGGAGGAGAAGGAGGUUCAGGGUACGGAGGAGGAAGCUCUGGCAGGAGAGGCUCCAUGUCUGGUGGUGGGGAAGGAGGAGGAAGUUCAGGCAGUGGUGGAUCCAGUUAUGGCAGUGGCGGCUGGAUUGGUGGAGGAGAAGGGGGCUCAGGGUACGGAGGAGGGUCAGGGUAUGGGGGAGUCUCUGGAUAUGGUGGUCACAGCUCAGGGUGUGGAGGGGGAAGCUCAGGCAGGAGAGGAUCAAUCUCUGGAGGAAGAGGAACCUCCACCUCUGGAGUUUGGGGAUUGAGCUCUGCUGGCACCUGCAGGCCUGGCAGUGCGGGGGAAGGAGGCUGGGAUUGCUCUGGAGGGGACAGUUGUUAUGGAGGAGGCACUUGUGGAGAUGCCAGCUGCAGAGAUGUGACUGAGGAAUGCAGGUCAGGAGGAGCGUGGUCUUCUCCAAGCCCAGGUUACUGGUCUGCCUAUGGAAGUGGCUCUGUUUCCCCUGGAGAUGCUGCCGACAAGUAAAACUUGGAUGCAAAUCUCAGCAGUGGAACAGGAUGAAGCCAUUCCCUCAUUGUUGGAGGCAAUGGUGCUUUUCUGCUGUCACUGCUGGUCUGGAUGGGCUGUGCAUCAUCCUGUGCUCUCCCUGCACAACCAUCCCUGGACUCUCCUGCCCACUCCUCUGCUGGAUGCUGGUAUUGUGAUGAUGUCCCUUCCUUGGGCUUUCUCAGAGCUUUUAAUCUCAGGCUGUGUGGAACCUUUAUCUUUGGCAACUAAAACCUUGAAACCCUG